AUGAAUUGCAAUACUUCAAGAAAGAGUAAUGAUCUCCAAGCUAUAAAACUCCAUAUACAAUACCCAAGUAUGUAAGAAUAAUAUUAAUAAAUGGCUUUCUGUCUGGUUAAUUCCAGAAACAGCUAAACUUCCAUGGAACUUUAACUCUAAGAUUAAAUACUUACUGAGGCAUAAUUUAGGCUAUUUUUAUUCCAGAACUUAACUCCUCUUGAUGGCACUUGAUUUUUGGUUUUUAAUUCGAAAAUUAAUUUUUUUUUUUACUCAUGUGGGUUACCUUGAUUACAUAGACGAAAAAACUAACAGUUUUAAUUAAUAUUUAAUUUGAUUGUCUCAUGCUAGACACAUUGCAUUGGUAAAUUACUGUUUACAUGCAUACCACGUUUACCUAUUUAAAAAUUAAUAUCUCAAAUAGCUAUUAAUUAAUAUAACAUAGGAGGCACCUACUGGCUACUUAUAUAACUUAAAGAUAAAUAAUUAAUAAUAAACACCUAUUUAUUUGGUACCUACCUAAGUUUUUAAAUAAUACUUGAUAAAGUAACAAUUUAUUAUACAUACCUAGUGAUUCUUGUAUCAUAAUCCAUUAGGAUUAUUAGUGUUUUGAUCAAUUAUUUUAUAAUACCUUACUUAUUCUGAUCCAGUUUCCAUUCUAAAUAUUAUUAUAUAUUAAAUUUUAUUCAUAAACAGUGAAUUCAAUAUCAAAUCAUUAAGACAAAUAUUAUAGUUAUAAUAUUAUAAUCAUUUAAGGUGUAAGAGGUAAGGUGAAAAAAUUUGAAAACUAAAGUAAAAUGAAUAUUAAACAAAAUCACAUUUACAUUAAAUCCUAAGAGAAAAUAGCUAGAUCAUAAUGAAAAGAAACUAUUUAUAGGGUGAUUCAAUAAUGCGGGUUCCACACUAGGACGAUUAAUGUUGUUGAACAUGUUCGUUGACAAUAUUUCCCCUAAUCUCUACGGGUUUAUUAUGUGUGGGAGUAUAAUAUUCAAAUGUUCGCUCAACAGGCGGUAUUUGAACGAACAUAAUAGAAACUGUUUGACAACACCCGUGCCAUCUACAGUGUGGACGUGAUCGACAACAAAUGAGUUAUAAUUUACAAUUUAUACAUAAAAUGUAUUUAAUUUUAAAUAAAAAAGUAUUUCUAAAUAAAUAAUUAUGAUUUAAAAAAUGCAUAAGAAUUACUAAUUAUUUAUCAAGCUUAACUAACAUAGGCACUUUGAAUUAUUAUUAUUUAUUUAAAACUUAAAACUUUAGUUUUAAAUAUUGAAUAGAGAAUUAAAGAUUUAAAAACAUAUGUAUUUAAUUUAUAAUUAUUAUUUAAUAACAACUAUUGUUUUUGUUGUUAAAAUUUGCACUAAAAUACUCGUAGAUGUACUUACAUGAAAUGCGAGCGAGAAAUAUUUAUAAAGUUGUCAAUUUAUAAGGCGGAAAAUUUUUUGUGUAGAUUGAACGAACACUGUUGUCGAACAUUUCAAAGCAUAGUAGCACUAGUUCGUCGAGUUAGAAAACAUUUUAAACAAACAUGUUUAACAUGUUUAACAACAAUGUUCGUCUUAAUGUGGACCUGACUUAAACGUACUUACCCCAUUUAUUUAGUUAAAUUUUGCAUAUACCGAGUGAUUCAUUUAAGAGGGUACACUCAUUAUCUCAUUAAAUUAUUAACUAUUUCGGGAAUUUGUUUUUAAAACAUUUAAGAAACAAGCGGCUCUGGAAUUUUAUAUUUAUGUUAUUUUUUGUAACUCUUAUUUUUAAGAGUAAAAUCACUACUUAUUUUUAAUUUUCAAAUAACAACCUAUAUUAAAAAUUCCAUAAAUAGAUGGAGUAAUAAUAGUUAAAAUAAAUUUUUGUGUUCAAAUUUUUGAUUUCUUUCAAUCCGUCAACGAGAUAUUCCACUUUUAAAUUUGGGUUGCAAGAGAGUGGUGAUGAAGUAUCAUGCGCGCGACGUGUUAAUAAUGCACCCGUCUCCAUAAUCCUAAGACAGCAGCUAUUUUUAAUUUACUCUUUGAUCAUGUUUAUACAUUUUAGUCAGUCCUCCCUGAAAUAAAAUUCUGGAUAUGUGCCUGUAUACGGGCAUCAACACGUUAUUAAAAAGUCCAUAAAUAGAUGGAGUAUUAGUUAAAAACAAAAGUUAGUAUCACCAAAGGAUACUCCUUAAAUAUUGUGAAAAGUCCAAGUAUUCGAAAAUAUCGGCUUUAACUACACUUAAAAAUCCCAAAAAUCAGAAGUUGAAUAUAUAUGUAAAAUUUGGGGGCACGUAAAAAUCUGGAAAUUCGAAAUCUAGACCGUAAAAAUCUGGAGGUAGAAAUCUAGAUUGACAAACUUGGACCGUACAAAUCUACACAAAACAUAUUAUUAUGGCCUAUCCCAACCCCUUAAUCGGAUAUCUAUAAUAUGUAGUCUAGAUUAUUACCGUCCAGAUUUAUACGGUCUAAUUUUGUACUAUCCAGAUUUUUACGGAUUUCAAAAUUUUAUUUUUCAGAUUUGUACGGUCCAGAUUUCCAAUUUCUAGAUUUUUAUGGGUACCCGUUCGCAUGACUCAUAUGCACACAUAUACCUAGUUUAAGCUACAGUUCAAAAUUAUAUAAAAACGAAAUUAUUGUAUCUAGACAGAUCAGACGAUGAACUAAAAAAAGCCGAGGCUACGAUGAAAAACAAAUACCCACAUCCGAAUGACAUUAGACAAUGUCUUGGUUCCAAUCUCAGUGAAGUCGUGAUUGGCCUUAUCCCCAAAAACGUGCUUUGGUGGUUGAAAUUCAAAUCAAAUGGUGGCCUGCCACCCCCUUAUUUUGGCGUAAGCGUGGAUAAUGUGCUCCGAAAGCACAUUGUACUUUCGGAAGUGGACGUUGGCGAAGAGACAACGUUGAAUUUUAAAACAAUAACGCGUAAUAAAAAAAAAAAAAAAACAAUAAUAAUAUCAGGUCGAUUCCCAGUAAUACCUGUAUCUUAUAAAACGAAAACUCACAAGAAUUAAGGCUAACUAAUAAAUCACUUCUUCUCCUCCUCCUCCUCUUUUUCUGACACUAUGUCUUUACUUCAUGCAUAACUGGUUAGAUAGAGCCGUAGCAAGCUCUUCUGACACCUGAAACAAAUUUUAGUAAUGUACCCGAUGCCACACCUAACAAAACUUUUCUAUUUUGGAAAUAUUAAAAUGUUGUUGAAUUUUUAGAGAAACAUGUAUUUAUUUAUUUAAGGUUUUAUUUUCAGGGGCAUAUAUGGAAUAAAAAAAAAAAGAGCUGAUACUGGGAACGGGUAUGCCAUUGUUUUAGGUGGGAAGUUGGGAAGGUAGGAUAUAAACAUUAUUUAAUUAUUAAACAUUAUUCAACACUAUUUAACCUGUCGUUUUUUGAAUUUCUCAAGUGUUUUCUUAUCAAAUUUAAAAAAUGAAAAAAAAAACGGAAAAUAUAAGAAAUGUAAGUAUUAAUUAAAAUAUAUAACGGCCUUUUUUUUUUCUAUGCACAACUUUUCUACCUGCAAUUUUUAAAAAAACGAGAAAAUCGGUACAACAUUAAACAAAUAUUAUUAAAGAAAAUACAUAGAGUCUAUUCUAAUUAUUUUACUAUAAUAUGACAUAUAUAUUGUUGACAUAGCAUCAUUAUCAUCUAACCUCUACUCAGAAUCCUUUUUUUGUUAGCAAUGGUUUAUCGCAUUACUUACACUCUUACAGGUAUGCAUUAAAUUACCUAUGACAGUGGCUAUACCAAUCCCUAUUAUCCUAGGACGUCUUUUUUUCUUUUAAACCUAUUCAAUAAUAUGGUUACAUUAAACUAUUUCUAAACCUUUAACAAAAGGUCUUGUAAAAUCACUAAUAUAUUGAAUUAUUGAAUAUUGAUACUAAAUUACUAUUAUUCUAAUGCUAUUAUAGCAACCAUCUCCCCGUUAGCCUUAUCAUUAGUUUCGACUAAAGAACUAUCUAUAGUUCCUUUCAAUCGUGAAUACGUUUAUCGUACUAUUUGUAUUUGGUUAUCGAACAUAAACGUAACGUUCAAUCUUUUAGCUUCUGAGUAGAGUGAAGAAGCUUAUGGUUCUACAAAAAUAUUUUUUUUUCUAUUUACGGGCAACUUUUCUACCAGAAAUUUUGCUCCGAUUUUUAAGUGUAGCACCUUUUCUGAAUGAAAACUAGUAUAGGGAGGUCGUAUUUCGAGUUUUCAUAGAAUUUUUCCAACAAAUUAGAAAAACCGUGUAAAACCGGAGGAAAAACGAAAAAAUGUACGAAAUGUAGAUAUUAGAUGAAAACAAUUUAUUACAACUUUAUUUUCUUGUGAACAACUUUUCUAUCAGCAAUUUUGCUCCAAUUUAUAAUGAUAGCAAUUUUCUAAAAGGAAAUCUUACUGGGGAGUUACUUUAGAAAGAUUAUUUUUGAUUUUCUCACUAGUUUUCCCAAUAAAUGGUAAAUUCGGGAAAAUGGAAAAAUAGGUAUAAUAUUGAACACAUAAUUUUAAAUUAUUUUACCAUUAUAUGACAAGUAUAUUGUUGACAAAGCAACUACACUAUCAAUUGAACUCCGCUCAUAAUCGUUUUUUGUUAUCAAUGGUUAAUCGUUGCUAACAGAUGCACAUUAAAUUACCUAUAACAGUGACUGCACCCGUCCCCAUUAUCAUAGGUCAGCUUUUUUUUAAACUAGUGACUACAUUCUGUUAUUAGCUUUCUAUUGACCCUUCGUCUCUUGAUAUAUAGGUACAUUGGUAUAUGGUAUUGCGUACCAAUCAACUUAGAGGUUUUUUUUAGAAGAUUCUGAAGUUUAGACAAGUACACUUUCAUAUAAUAAUUUACACCCGUUGAAAUAACUAUAGCAUUUAUUAUCUUUAUUUACAAAUAUUUCUUCUGUCUGUGUGUGUGUCACUAAACACCUGGAUUGAUUUUUAUGACAUUUUUUGUGUGUGUUUGAAUGGGACCCUGUCUUCCUGGAUGGUUUAGAUUCACAAUUGGAUCUAAUAAAUGGCGUUGCAAGGGUGGCUGACACAGGGUUAUUGGUAUUUUUAGUAAAGCUAUCAAAUUAAUAAAAAUAUUAAACGUCUUUUGAAAUUUUUACUUUAUAUCGUGCAUAUAUCAAUUAGUAAACCUUAAUUUCAUCUAUGUGAACAUUACAUUCAUUUCACAAUUAUCUAAAUAUUCAUAAAAAUUUUGGUAUCCAUAUUUGUUUAUUUUGAACAGAUAAAUUAAUAUUCUAGCCUAAUACUUAUUUAUAAAUACAAAAUUUAAAAUUUAAAAACUUUAAAAUUUAAUGUAUAUUACUAUUUUGGACUUUUAGUAAAUUUAUAUAUUAUUGAUUUAAACUAUAAUCACGUAAUAUCGUAUUUUUUGUAUAGGAAAUAGCGUGUAGAUUAUUUUUUGAUAAUAUCAUCUUACAUAAUAUAUUCGUUUAUGUUGAUCUAAAGCACAGACCAAGAUUUAUUAUAGGACGAGAUUUGUAUAAUGGUUACGAUGUAUUAUAAAAUAAAUGUGGUGAGCGAGGUAUAUUUUUUCUCUUUCAAUAAAACAGGCUGCAUAAUCAUAAUUUAAUGCAGUUAUAAUAUUUGUGUAUGAUACUCGAAAAUUUAAAAUUUAUUCCCCCCCCCCACAUAAAAAUAUUUCAACAACAAUAGAAUUAUCUAACGCACUGAGUAACUUGCGUUAAAAUUAUACUUAAUAUUGAGUAAGUAUUUGAAUAAUUAAAUUUUAUUAUUUUUUUUUUUUUUGUUUUAAGUAAGACUUUUUUAAGUGCCACCUGAAAUUAUUUAAACCAAUAUUUUUAGUUUAAAUCAUUUGUUAAUGUUUAGUUCUCCCACUGCGAUGGCGCCUGAGGUAAAUGCCUUAAUCACCAUACUCUUGCUACGGCUUUACUACUGGUAUCUAUUGUGGCAAAUGUACCAAUAUUAUAUACCUAAUACGCCAGGUCAUGGAGAGCGUUUUAAGGGGCGAGCAAUGGCCGACCGAGAAAAUGAACUCAACGAAGAGCUUCGAUUGAAAAUAAACAAGUUAAUUGACGAAAAAAACCACAAGAUGGACGACGAAAUAUUGAAAAUUAGAACAGCAACAGACAUUGAAUAUGAAAUCGAAGCGGCUGCAAUUUUAAAUGAUUAUGAAGAUGAAUUUAUUGUAAGCAGCCGGCGGUAACUUCCUAUAAAGACUAAAGGACAAUUAGUUACAAGUGAUAAGUACUUAUAUUAUUGACUUAUUUGUCUUUCCUUCUAUUUCACGCUUGGCAGUCUGAUCUACAACUACCAUUCAUCUAUUUCAUACAUAUUACAUAUUUUAACAUGAUCUUUAUCAGGCAUAUCAUCUCAAUUUAUUCUCUCUCAUUUUUUUUGCUAUAUAUCAACUAUGCUCGCUACACCAGCUAUACCGUUCUUUCUUUUAUUUUUUACUGGUAUUAUAUUUUUAUAAAUUGUAGAAAACCAAACUUUUAAUCGAUAAUUCCAUUAUGGACGAAUGCAAGAAAAGACUCAAGGCUGAAGUGGUGAAGAUGGUGAGAAGCAUGACCAAAGACCAUAAAACACUGAUGGCCACGAAAAACAGGGAACUAAACAACGAAUUUCGGUACCGGAUGAAACUGGCACGGGCUGAAUUAUACGAAGAAUUCCUGAAAGAAAAACUAGAAUGGGAGUGUCAACGGGAUAAACGAAAGGAGGCCCUGGAAGAAGACAAUCGUAGGGCUCUAUUACAUUUACAGGCAUCCCUAGAGGCUGACUGGUCCGAAGAGCUCACGUCACUAGAGCUUUGGUAUGAAACCGAGAACCGGAACCUGCCCAUCGUGGAAGUGAUAAAGGACCACGCUCUUACAAGUCAGUUCGAAGUUGAAAAUUACACCACGCAAGUCCGUUCGCUCGACAACCGGCUAUCGGUGGUGGCUAUUGAACUAGCGGUCUACGAAAAAAGACUAACGCACGUUCUCCAAGGUUAUAUUGACCUCGUCGACAAUGGUUUGUCAAAUUAUCCCGACUUGCAGCGCAUACAAUUACACCAAUCUAAAACGUUGAUGGUAAAACUAAAACAAAUGUUGGAAUGCAAAAAGCAAUGA